AUGAACGGUACCUAUUCUUGGAGGGUCCCUACUCUCGAUGCCUACACUGUUUUUGAGGAGCAUUUCUGCUUGUGUAUUAGCGGCCUUAUGGCAUGGACGCCCAUCGACACGCUCUGUUCGCCCGGAUCUACAUGCGCCCACUGUAUCAAAACUGGUAAACUGGGAUCUCACUCGUGCGCCCUCCCCAGAAAACGCGCUCGAGUCGGUCCAUUCAAUUCAAUACCCUUUCCCUCGAGGUCCCUCGAGUUAGAGUUGCGAGUUUAUCAAUUCGUGAUGCCGGUGGAAGUUGGGGAGCGCUACGGUAAGAUGGAAGCCAAGGCGUACCAAGGAAAGAUCGCCUCGAGGACGCUCGAAUUUGUGUAG